AUGGAGCUCACCGUCUGCCGCCUCGCCAAAUCCAACCGCUUCUCCGACGUCGAAGCCUUAAUUGAGUCUUGCAAGAAAGACCCACAAAUCAAAACAGAGAUGGAACAGCUCGGAGCUCCCAGAUCCGUUGUCUCCUUCAACGCCUUGCUCACCGCUUGUCUCCAUUCCGACUUGUUCAAAAGAGUCCCCCACCUGUUCGACGAAAUGCCUCAGAGGUAUAAUAACAUCACUCUUGAUAAAGUCUCUUACGGGAUGUUGAUUAAGUCGUAUUGUGAUGCUGGAUCAGUAGAUAAGGCUAUGGAGAGUGAGAGUUAUGGAGGAGAAAGGUGUUCACGUGCAUAUGAUGGCUCUCCAGAGAUUCUCUUACUAGAGGAAGACAUGAAUUUCACAAUUCACGUGCAGCUUCAUUAA